AUGGCCGACUCUCUUUCGGCGGCUACCUGUGCCAUUUAUGUUAUUCUUGCCUUUCCCAUUUUAUACCUACUGUUCAAACAUGGCCGGAAUGGCUUCUUAGGAUGGCUGUAUCUCUUCGUCUUCUGCGGCCUGCGGAUUAUCAGUGGUGGUUUGGGUGUUAAGAAAUCCGACGGAGCUGCGGCCAGUAUCAUCUCAAACAUCGGCCUGUCUCCUCUUCUACUCGCAACAGCUGGUAUCCUGCAUGAAGCCCGCGCCUAUCGCAUCUUCGGCAUCAACAAGAAACUCGAAUGGGCCCAAGCCCUCUUCUUCCACAUCCUAGUUGGCGCCGGCGUCGCCCUAGCAGCCGCCGGAUCCGCAAAACUGCAAGACCACGAGCAAUCCACCGACAAGGCCGAGAAGAUGAUUAAAGUCGGUAUUGUCAUUCUGGCUAUUUGCUGGGGGGUGCUUGUUGGCUGGACGGGGUUGUCGUUUAGGGCUCCCAGGGGGGAUGGGCCCGUUGUGCGUGAUGGGACAAUGAUGCUCGGAUCCAUCGCCUUCUGCCUCGUCCUAAUCGGCGUCCGCGUUUUCUACAGUCUCGUCGCGAUCUGCACGCAGGCGGCGUAUCUUAACCCAAGUACCGGUACGCUUGUCAUCCGCGUGGUAUUGGGUUUCUUGCCGGAGUUGCUUGCGACGCUUGUUUAUAUCUGCGCCGGUAUUCAAACUAGGGGCGUGGCGAAGCUGGUUAGUCAUGGUGUUGCGGGAUAUAAGCCUCCUGCGCCUUAUGUUUGA